AUGGCGAAGGUAUUUUCUGAGGGCGCCAAAGUAUUUGCGAAAGUUAGGGGUUAUCCUGCUUGGCCCGCAAUGGUUCAAGGUGUUGCAGAUUCCACUCCUAACAAAACGAAAUAUCAUGUAUUUUUCUAUGGCACGUCUGAAACAGCAGUAUGUAAGGCUGAAGAUUUAUAUCUUUAUGCAGAGAACAAAGAUAGAUUCGGAAAACCAUUGAAAAGAAAAGGAUUUAAUGAAGCUCUUCAACAAAUCGAAGGACGAGCUCCGGUGACAAUGCCAAAAAAUGAUGGAAAAGUUGGGGAAGAAGGAGACAGUGAUGCCGAGGGAAAUUUGGUCAUUGACGAAAAUCCUGCUGUGAAAUACGGCGAGAAAAAGGCUAUGAAGAGAAAACGGGAAAGUGGCACUGAAGAAAACGAUGGUAAACUUCCUGUCGCUGUUAGCAAUGGAUCCAUCGUACGCAAACGUUCAUCUGUUCCAGUACCUAAACGCUCUAAAAGGGAGAGUUUGCCCCGUGAAACUAUUGGCGGGAAUGGUAGUGCUGGCCCAAGCACUCCAGAUUCUAAGACAGGGGAGGGCCCCUCUUCACCUAACAAACCUGAAAUUAUAAGUAGAUCAGGUCGUAAAAUAAAGCCAAAAAAAUUUGCAGAUGAAGAAACUUUUGACCACACAAGUACGAGUCCUGUUGAAGCAGGUAUUUCUGUGUCCAAAAUCGUGCCUUUGGAUGCGUUUGGUGCAGGUGUCAAGAGACGUCAGUCUUCCACUCGACACAGUGGCAGUGAUGCAGAGGCUGAGAAAGAAAGAAGUGGAGAAAAGGGCCAUGAUCACAGGGAAGAUAUUGAAUCUGCUCAGAAUCAGAUAGCUGGAAGACGUGUUCGCCAGGAUGAAGAAAAGAAGAUGAUGGUGUGGAGUGAAGCAAUGGAAAAGAGAAAGGCCCGAUUGAAAUGGCUUAAAAGUGAGGCUCGAAUGGUAGAAUUGGAUGCAUUGAUUAAAGGUCAUCUUAGCCUUUCGAAAGCAAAUCCAGAACAUUGUUUGGGUUUAUUGGAGGAUAUGUGUAACUUGACACUUGAACCUCUUAUGCUCAAGAAACAUCCUCAUAUUGUAGAAACUAUUAAAAGGCUUCGAAGAUAUGUUGGAAAUGUUGAUGCAUGGAAUUUUACAGCAGAACAGAAGGCAGAAUUUAGCUCUCAAGCGGGUUUAAUUAGAAAUAAAUCAGAAUUUGUAUACAAUAAAUUCAAGGCAAUGUUCACGGUUCCAGAAGGUCGCACUUUUUGGCAAGUUUUUGCUGAUGAUGUCUCUGAUUUUCAGAGGAAGACUCAAGAUUGGCCUAUGAAAAAAAUUUAUGCUUUGGUGGUGGACCCAACAAUGGAAAACAAAUCUCGAAAGUCACGAGCAGACGAAUCUUCCAAGAGAGAGCAGUCGGACGGUGAGUCUGAUGGAACUGUCCAAGGAAGUGGCACAAGAAGCAGUCCACUAACAAAUGCAGCUGCAGAUUCUGAUUCGGAAAGGGCACAUUCUGGAGAUGAAGUAGAAGAAGAAAAUUAUGAGAAAUCUUCACAUCAUAAUUUGGAUUCAAGUGAUCCAACUUCUGAAGAUGCAGAUCUGGUUGAAUAA